GGCUCCCGGCUUCGUCACUUCCUGCUGCCGGGCGGGCGGCCGGCGCGCCGCGGCCAUGGAGGUGCAGUCGUACUACGCCAAGCUGCUGGGGGAGCUGAACGAGCAGCGCAAGCGGGACUUCUUCUGCGACUGCAGCAUCAUCGUGGAGGGGCGCAUCUUCAAGGCGCACAAGAACAUCCUCUUCGCCAACAGCGGCUACUUCCGAGCGCUGCUCAUCCACUACAUCCAGGACAGCGGGCGGCACAGCACCGCGUCCCUCGACAUCGUCACCUCCGAGGCCUUCUCCGUCAUCCUGGAUUUCCUCUACUCGGGGAAGCUGGAUCUCUGCGGGGAGAACGUCAUCGAGGUCAUGUCCGCGGCCAGCUACCUGCAGAUGACCGACGUGGUGAACUUCUGCAAGACCUACAUCAGGUCGUCCUUGGAUAUCUGCAGGAAGAUAGAGAGGGAGGCCGCCUUCUACCAGGCCGACAGCGGGAGCGGGAGCUCCGCGAGGGAGGGCCCCUCGUACGGCUCCAAGAGCCAGGGCUCUGCCCCCGUCUCGUCCCUGCAGGAAAAGGAGAGGAUGGCGGGUUGUCAGCGAGACCCCCCCUGCGGGGACUGUAGCAGCUGCCACCCCCUGGAGCUCGUGGUGAGGGACCCGGUGAGCAGCGACUCCCCGGAGGACGUUAAUUCCUCCCUGCCCAAGGGGGUGGAACCCAAGGUGGAGUUCGACUCGGAUGAGGUGGAGGUAGAGGUGGGCGAGAGGCUGCAGCAGUACCCGACUCCGCUGUCCCUGGAGCAGAUGGAAGAGGGGCUGCACAGCGGGCAGGCGAUGGACCUGGCCUGCAACAACUACCACAUGAAGCAGUUCCUCGAGGCCCUGCUGCGCAACAGCUCGGCUCAGAGGAAGGAUGACGUGGUUCAUCACUUUGUCCGGGGCUUUGAGGGUAGGCCAGAGGAUGCGGGGGUAGCCAUGAGCUCCAUGAUGGACAUUCACAGCGACUGGUAUGGUGAGGACGCAGGUGAUGUGUUAGUUGUGCCCAUCAAGCUUCACAAAUGUCCGUUCUGUCCCUACACGGCUAAGCAGAAAGGAAUACUGAAGCGGCACAUUCGCUCUCACACAGGUGAGAGACCCUACCCCUGUGAGACGUGUGGGAAGCGUUUCACCCGGCAGGAACACCUUCGGAGUCACGCUUUAAGUGUGCAUCGAUCGAACAAGCCAAUUAUCUGCAAAGGUUGCAGGAGAACAUUCACGAGUAGCCUGUCUCAAGGAUUGCGACGCUUUGGCUUGUGUGACAGCUGCACUUGUGUGACCACUACGCACGACGACUCGAUGCCCAUUAACCUCAGCCUGAUGGAACCUUCCUCAGAGGGCCAGGAGAAGGGUGAUACGGAUAACGACUGGCCCAUAUACGUGGAGUCCGGGGAGGAAAACGAUCCAGCUGAUGAUGAUGAUGCUGAUGGUGAUGACAAGCAGGAGAUCCACAGGAGUUUAUCGGAUCGAGAAACACUUAUGUAGCAGUGGGAGGAGAGGGGGAGGACUGAAGGUCUCUCUCUGCCAGUGGCUGGUUUGCAACAGAAAAUUGUGUUAGUAAGGCUGUGUUUUUUUUAUUAUUAUUUUUUAUUUUU